GAGGGGUUGAGGGAGAUGAAUUACAAAGGGGCACAGGAAAUUUUUGUGAUAUGGAUAUGUUAAUUACCUUGAUUGUAACAAUGGUUUCGUGGGUAUACACCUCUGUCAAAACUAAUCAAUUUAGAAAAUUAUGCUAUGUGUUCACCAGCCCAUUUUAAUUUUCCUCUUAGGCACAAGGAGGUCUGCAUUUCCAUUUGACUGUAGGUAGGACCAGGAACUGAGUUCUGACCCUGAAGAAUGUGGAUAAAAGUAAUGUAAGUGCUUUCUAAGACUGGUCAUAAAAUGUCUCAUGAGAUCUUCUUUGUUCUUUCUUUUCCAUCUCUUCCUCAAACUCAUUUGCCAGUUGGAUGAUGCCCAGACAAGCUCAAAUCUCAAUGUAGCACAGCCGGAAACUGGAAGGAAACUCUGCUCCUGAGUACCUGCUUAGGAGAUCUGCCAGACCAGAGCAUCUGCAUAUGGCUUUGUCUAAUUGGUCUCCAAGACCUGCUCCUGGACACCUCGGACGGGAUCUCCACCCCCAGCCUGGCUGCAGAGGAAGCCUCAGCAAGGAUGAGGGCUGGGGCCUGGAGGCCGGUGAGGAGGCUGCUCGAUUGCCGUGGUGGAGAAUUACUGGAAUGUACUGAACUUGAAACGCCCAUGGAGUGUCCAGUAGGCGGACCGAUGAGUGGAUCCCAAGCUCGAUGGAGAAGUCUGGCUGAAGAUGGAAACGUGGGAGCCAUGGCAGCUGGGAGCUGCUCUUCGGAAUACCAGGUGGAUGCCCAGCCUCUUCGUCCAUGUGAACUGCAGAGGGAAAAGGCCUUUCUGAAGCAAGCAGACUAUGUUCCCCAGUGCUCGGAAGAUGGCAGCUUCCUGACUGUCCAGUGCAGGAACGACGGGCGCUCCUGCUGGUGUGUGGGAGCUGACGGCAGGGAAGUGCCGGGCAGCAGGCAGCCUGGCCGGCCAGCCGCUUGUCUGUCGUUUUGUCAGCUGCAGAAACAGCAAAUCUUGGUGAGCGGCUCCAUCAACAGCACAGCCACGUCCUACAUCCCCCAGUGUCAAGAGGCGGGGGGCUAUGAGCCCAUUCAGUGCAACCCGUGGCAGGGGCAGUGCUGGUGUGUGGACUCGGAAGGGAUGGAAGUGUAUGGAACCCGCCAGCUGGGGAGGCCAGCACGAUGUCCAAAGAGCUGUGAGAUAAGAAACCGCCGUAUUCUCCAUGGGGUGGGCGAGAAGUCGCCACCCCAGUGUUCUGCUGAUGGAGAGUUUAUGCCAGUCCAGUGCAAGUUUGUCAACACCACGGACAUGAUGGUUUUCGAUCUGGUCCAUAGCUACAACAGAUUUCCAGACGCAUUCUUGACCUUCAGUUCCUUUCGGAGCAGGUUCCCUGAGUUGUCUGGGUAUUGCCACUGUGCUGACAGUCAAGGGCGGGAACUGGCAGAGACAGGUUUGGAGCUGUUACUGGAUGAAAUUUAUGACACCAUUUUUGCUGGUCUGGACCUUGCCACCAGCUUCACUGAAGCGACCCUGUACCGGAUAUUGCAGAGACGGUUCCUAGCAGUUCAGUUAGUCAUCUCUGGCAGAUUCCGCUGCCCCACAAAAUGUGAAGUGGAGCGGUUUACAGCCACCAGCUUUGGUCAUCCCUAUGUUCCAACCUGCAGCCGGAAUGGGGACUACCGUCCAGUGCAGUGCCAGCGGGAGGGGCCGUGCUGGUGUGUGGAUGCCAAAGGAAAGGAGCUCCAUGGGACUCAGCAGCAAGGAGCACCACCAUUUUGUGCUGCAGACCAAUCCUGCACCUUGGAAAGGCAGCAGGCCUUGUCCAGACUCUACUUUGGGCCUUCUGCCUCCUUCAGCCAGCAAGAUUUGUUCUUUUCUCCUAAGGAAAGGCAAGUCUCUCAGAGAGGAGCCAGAUUUGCCACUUCUUGCCUACCUUCGUUCAGGGAGCUGUUUGUUGACUCUGGCCUUCUGCGCCCCGUGGUGGAAGGGCAGGAUAAACAGUUUUCUGUCUCAGAAAGUCUUCUUGAAGAAGCCAUCAGGGCAAUUUUUCCCUCUAGAGAGCUGGCUCGUCUUGCCCUUCAGUUUACCACCAACCCAAAGCGACUACAGCAAAACCUCUUUGGAGGGAGAUUUUUGGUGAAUGUUGGCCAGUUUAACUUGUCUGGAGCGCUUGGCACAAGAGGCACAUUUAACUUCAGUCAAUUUUUCCAGCAACUUGGUCUCCAAGGCUUCAAGAAUGGAGGGGGAUUUGAUCUAGCCAAACAGCUCUCCAUGAGACCUGAUUCAAAUGUUUCCAUGGAAACCCCUGAAGCUUCUAUGAAGUACAUUGCUAUGAAUAAGCAAGUUAUGGGCAGCUUUGGCUUUGAAGUUAACGUACAGGAGAAUCAAAAUGCUUUGAAAUUCCUUGCUUCUCUUCUGGAACUUCCAGAAUUCCUUCUUUUCUUGCAGCAUGCUAUUUCUGUGCCAGAAGACAUAGCAAGGGAUUUAGGUGAUGUGAUGGGGCUGGCACUCAGCUCCAAGGCCUGUGAGCAGCCCCCCAGAGGGCUUUUUGUCCCAUCAUGCACAGCAGAAGGAAGCUAUGAGGAUAUCCAGUGCUCUGCCGGAGAGUGCUGGUGUGUGGAUUCCCGGGGCAAAGAACUUCCUGGCUCGAGAGUUAGAGGUGGACGACCCAGAUGCCCCACUGAGUGUGAAAAGCAACGGGCACGCAUGCAAAACCUCAUGGGUAGCCAGCCUGCUGGAUCCAGCCUGCUUGUCCCUUCUUGUACCAGUGAGGGACAUUUCCUACCUGUCCAGUGUUUCAACUCAGAGUGCUACUGUGUUGAUACUGAGGGCCAGCUUAUUCCUGGAACUCGAAGUUUAAUUGGAGAACCCAAGCAAUGCCCCACUCCCUGUCAGCUCCAGGCUGAGCAAGCCUUCCUUGGGGUGGUGCGAACCCUGCUCUCCAAUUCCAGCAGGCCACCAGCCCUCUCCAGCAUCUACAUUCCACAGUGCAGUGCCGAUGGGCAGUGGAGACGAGUGCAAUGCAAUGGGCCCCCCGAGCAGGCCUUUGAGUGGUACAAGCGGUGGGUGGCUCGGAGCAACAGUGGCCAGCAGCUGACCCCUGCCGAGUUGCUGAAGACGAUCAUGAGCCAUAGAGAAGCAGCUUCCAAAAACUUCCGACUCUUUGUUCAAAGUCUCUAUGAGGCUGGCCAACAAGAUGUCUUCCCAGUGCUGGCGAGAUAUUCUUCUCUCCAGGAUGUCCCAUGGGCAGAGUUGGAAGGCAACCUGACCCAGCCUGGAGAGAACAUCCUCCUGGAGCCCUACCUCUUUUGGCAGAUCCUAAAUGGCCAGCUCAGCCGAUACCCAGGGCCCUACACGGAUUUCAGCACUCCUUUGGCCCACUUUGACCUUCGGAGCUGCUGGUGUGUGGAUGAGGUUGGUCAAGCACUAGAAGGAACUCAAGUUGAGCCAAGCGAGGUUCCAGCAUGUCCUGGCUCCUGUGAGGAAGUGAAGCUACGUGUCCUGCGGUUCAUUCAGGAAACAGAAGAGAUCGUUUUGGCUUCUAAUAGUUCUCGGAUCCCCCUGGGAGAGAGUUUCCUGGCAGCCAAGGGGAUCCGGCUGCCCAAUGAGGAGCUCUCCCUCCCCCGGCUCUUCUCAUCCCAGGAGACUUUCUCAGAGGAGUUUCUGAGUGGGAGUGAUUAUGCCAUCCAUUUGGCGGCUCAGUCCACCUUGGACUUCUACCAGAGACGCCACUUGGCACUGGGCGAUUCAGCAGGAGCCCCCUCCCCUCGGAGCUCCGGCCCCUACGUGCCUCAGUGUGAUGCAUUCGGAGGCUGGGGGCCUGUGCAGUGCUACGCUGGAACUGGGCAUUGCUGGUGUGUGGAUGGGAAGGGAGUGUAUGUCCCUUCCUCGCUGACUGCCCGCUCCCCAUGGAUCCCCCAGUGCCCCACUCCCUGUGAGACAGCUCGAGCCAGCGGGCUGGUUUCCAGUUGGAAACAAGCUGGAUCUCAAGGAAACCCAUCUCCAAAAGACCUGUUCAUCCCAACCUGCCAAGAGACAGGGGAGUUUGCCAGGCGGCAGAUAUCGGAGGCUGGUCCCUGGUGUGUGGACCCUGCAACGGGAGAGGCUCUGACAUCUGACACCAACAGCAGUGCCCAGUGUCCAAGCCGCUGUGACAUGCUCCGGAGUGGAGCCCUCUCAAGGAGAGUCGGCCCAGGCUACGUCCCAGCCUGUGGGGCAGGAGAUGGGCGCUUCUCCCCCGUGCAGUGCGACACGGCCAAGGGCAGCUGCUGGUGCGUUCUGGGCAGUGGAGAGGAGGUGCCUGGGACCCGCGUGGCCGGGAGCCAUCCCGCCUGUGAGAGCCCGCAGUGCCCCCUCCCGUUCAACGUGUCGGAUGUGGUUGGCGGUGCCAUCCUGUGUGAGGAAGCAUCAGGCCGAGGUGGGGCCGCUGUCCAGCAGUGCCUGCUGAGGUGCCGCCAGGGCUACUGGAGCGCGUUUCUGCAGAGGCCCCUGGUGUGCAGCCUCGAGAGUGGACGCUGGGUGUCAGAGCCACCUCAGCCCCAGGCCUGCCAGCGACUCCAGCCAUGGCAGACUGUCCAGACCAAAGGGCAGUUCCAGCUCCAGCUCCCACCCAGAAAGAUGUGCAGCGUGGACUACAUGGGCUUGCUGCAGGCUUUCCAGGUCUUCCUAUUAGACGAGCUAAUGGCCCGUGGCUUCUGCCAGAUCUGGGUGAGAGCUUCGGGGGACCCGCUUUCUCUUCCUGUCUGCGAUGACUCGGCGGUGCAGGUGGAGUGUCUGAGCAUGGAGCGUUUAGGGGUGAAUGUCACAUGGAAAGCUCGGCUCCAGGACAUCCCAGAAGCUGCCCUUCCUGAUUUGCAUGACAUUGAGGAGGCCUUAGUGGGCAAGGAUCUCAUUGGGCGCUUUGCAGGUCUGAUCCAAAGUGGUGCCUUCCAGCUUCAUCUGGAUUCCAAGACAUUCCCUGCAGACACUUCCAUCCGCUUCCUCCAAGGGGACCGCUUUGGAGCCUCUCCCAGGACAUGGUAUGGGUGCGUGGAAGGAUUCCACAGGGUCUCAGCCACCAGUCGAGCCAGUCAGGAUGCACAGGGAUGCGUGAAGUGUCCUGAAGGAAGCUAUUUUCAGGAUGAGCAAUGUGUUCCCUGUUCUAUUGGAUUCUACCAAGACCGGGCAGGUAGCUUGUCCUGUGUCCCAUGUCCUGAGGGCAGAACGACCAUUUCCUCUGGAGCUUUCAGCCAGACUCACUGUGUCACCGACUGUCAGAGGAACAAGGUGGGCCUGCAGUGUGACCAGGACGGCCAGUACAGCGCACGGCAGACAGACAGGGACAGUGGGAAGGCCUUCUGCGUGGACGGCGAGGGGCGCUCGCUGCCCGGCUCGGAAACGGAGGCACCACUCAUGGACUUGCAGUGUCUGCUGAUGCGGAAAUUUGAGAAGGCUCCAGAAUCUAAGGUGAUCUUCAGUGCUGAUGUUCCUGUGAUGGUCAGGUCCAAAGUCCCUGGUUCUGAGGCCCCUCUGAUGCAGUGCUUGGCAGAUUGCAUAGAGGAUGAGGCCUGUGGCUUCCUUGCAAUGUCCACUGUAGGCCCAGAAGUCUCAUGUGAUUUCUAUGCUUGGACAAACAGCAGCGUCACCUGCACGGCUUCUGAUCAGGAACAAGGCGCAUUGGGGAACUUGAUGGCCACCAGCUAUGGAAGUCUUAGGUGCCAGGUGAAAGUGAGGAACCAGAAUCAAGACUCUCUGGUUGUGUAUUUGAAAAAGGGCCAGAAACUCAUCAUGAUGAGUCAGAAAAGCUUUGAACAGACUGGUUUCCAAACCUCGCAGUCUGGGAUGUACAGCCCUGCUGUGUUCUCGGCCUCAGGAGCCAAUCUGACCGACGCGCGCAUCUUCUGUCUUCUUGCGUGUGACCGUGAUUCGUGCUGCGAUGGUUUCAUCCUCACACAGGUCCGAGGAGGUCCCAUCAUCUGUGGGUUGCUGAGCUCCCCUGAUGUCCUGCUUUGCAACAUCGAAGACUGGAGGGCUGCCUCUGACACCCUGGCUAACAACACGUGCCCGGGUGUGACAUAUGACCAGGGGAGCCAGCAGCUGGCAUGGCGCCUGGGAGGCCAGGAAUUCAUCAAGAGUCUGACACCCCUGGAAGGAACUCAAGAUACAGUUACCAGUUUCCAGCAGGUUUAUCUCUGGAAAGAUUCUGACAUGGGGUCUCGGUCUCAGUCUAUGGGAUGUGCAAGAGAUGAGGUACCAAGGCCAACAUCUCCAACAGAAACAGAUUUGAUCACAGAGCUUUUCUCCCCUGUGGACCUUAACCAGGUCAUUGUCAAUGAAAACCGACACCUGCCCAGCCAGCAGCACUGGCUUUUCAAACACUUAUUUUCAGCCCAACAGGCAAACCUGUGGUGCCUCUCUCGUUGUGUCCAAGAGCCUGCUUUCUGCCAGCUCACAGAGGUAGCAGAUAGUACACCCUUAUACUUCACCUGCACCCUCUACCCAGAGGCCCAGGUGUGUGAUGAUGUCAUGGAGUCCAAUCCCAAGGGCUGCAGAGUGACCCUGUCCCACAGGCCAAAGACCCUGUUCCGGAAGAAUGUUGUCCUGAAAGAUAAAGUCAAGAACUUCUACACUCGCCUACCAUUCCAAAAACUGACAGGGAUUUCCAUCAGAAACAAAGUGCCCAUGUCUGAAAAAUCCGUUUCUAAUGGGUUCUUUGAAUGUGAACGUCGGUGUGAUGUGGACCCAUGUUGCACUGGCUUUGGAUUUCUAAACGUUUCCCAGUUAAAAGGAGGAGAGGUGACAUGCCUGACUCUGAAUAGCUUGGGACUUCAGACGUGCAGUGAGGAAAAUAGAGGAGCCUGGCACAUCUUGGACUGUGGCUCUCCUGAUACUGAAGUCCGCACCUAUCCCUUUGGCUGGUACCAGAAGCCUGUUGCUCAAAAUGAUGCUCCAAGUUUUUGCCCUUCAGUUGUUCUGCCUUCCCUCACAGAGAAAGUCGCUCUGGACUCGUGGCAGUCUCUGACCCUCUCUUCAGUCAUCAUUGAUCCAACCAUCAGGAACUUUGAUGUUGCCCAUAUCAGCACUGCUGCCACCAGCAACUUUUCUGAUGCCCGAGACUUCUGUUUGUUGGAGUGUUCCCGUCACCGGGCCUGCCUCAUCACCACUCUGCAGACCCGACCGGGGGCUGUGAGGUGCAUGUUCUAUUCUGAUACCCGGAGUUGCACACACAGCCUGCAGGGCCAGAGCUGCCGACUGCUGCUCCGCGAGGAGGCUACUCACAUCUACUGGAAACAGAGCACCCCUCUGCUCAACUUUGAGGCAUCUGCACCUUCUGUGUCCAUUGCCACCCACGGCCGGCUGCUGGGCAGAUCCCAAGCCAUCCAGGUGGGCACUGCGUGGAAGCAAGUCGACCAGUUCCUUGGAGUUCCGUAUGCUGCCCCACCUCUAGCAGAGGGCCGCUUCCGCGCACCGGAGCCCUUGAACUGGACAGGCUCCUGGGAUGCCACCAAGCCACGGGCCAGCUGCUGGUGGCCGGGAGCCAGGACGCCCCCAUCUCCUGGAGUCAGCGAAGACUGCCUGUAUCUCAACGUGUUCGUCCCUCAGAACCUGGCCCCCAAUGCGUCCGUGCUGGUCCUCUUCCACGGUGCCACGGAGGGCGAGGCAGGGCAGGAGCGGCUGGCUCUCGACGGCUCCUUCCUGGCUGCUGUCGGCAACCUCAUCGUGGUCACUGCUGGCUACCGCGUGGGCGUCUUCGGCUUCCUGAGUUCCGGGUCCGGCGAGGCGAGUGGCAACUGGGGGCUUCUGGACCAGGUGGCGGCUCUGACUUGGGUGCAGAACCACAUUGGAGGUUUUGGUGGGGACUCUCGGCGCGUGUCCCUGGCAGCAGACCGCGGUGGGGCUGACGUGGCCAGCAUCCACCUUCUGACGACCCGUGCCGCGGACUCCAGACUCUUCCGGAGGGCUGUGCUGAUGGGGGGCUCCGCUCUCUCCCCAGCCGCUGUCAUCGGCCACGAGAGGGCUCAGCAGCAGGCGGCUGCUUUAGCAAGGGAGGUCGGCUGCCCCCCCUCGCCCAGCCAGGAACUGGUGUCCUGCCUCCGCCAGCAGCCUGCCAACGUCCUCAACGACGCUCAGACCAAGCUCCUGGCCAUAAGCGGCCCUUUCCACUACUGGGGUCCUGUGGUUGAUGGCCACUACCUCCACGAGGCGCCGGCCCGGGCGCUGCAGAGGUCUCCGCGGGCAAAGGUCGAUCUGCUCAUCGGGAGCUCACAAGACGAUGGGCUCAUCAACAGAGCCAAGGCCAUUAAGAAAUUUGAAGAAAGUCAAGGCAGGACCAGCAGCAAAACCGCCUUCUACCAGGCCCUGCAGAACUCCCUGGGCGGCACGGACGCGGACCGCAGCGUGGAGGCAGCCGUGGCCUGGCACUACUCCCUGCAGCACUCCACCGACGACUACGCCGCCUUCUCGCGGGCCCUGGAGAAUGCCACGCGGGACUACUUUAUCACCUGCCCCGUGAUUGCCAUGGCCAGCCACUGGGCAAGGAGGGCCCGAGGAAACGUCUUCAUGUACCACGCUCCUCAGAGUUCUGGCCAGAGCAGCCUGGCCUUGCUGGCAGAUGUGCAGUUUGCCUUUGGGCUGCCCUUCUACCCAGCCUACCAGGGGCUCUUUACCCAGGAGGAGAAAGGCCUGUCACUGAAGGUCAUGCAGUACUUUUCCAACUUCAUCAGAUCCGGAAAUCCCAACUAUCCUCAUGAGUUCUCAAGAAAAGCGCCUGAAUUUGCAACCCCCUGGCCUGACUUUGUCCCCCAUGCUGGCGGAGAGAGCUACAAGGAGCUCAGUGCUCUGCUCCCCAAUCGGCGGGAACUGAAGAAAGCCGACUGCUCCUUCUGGUCCCAGUACAUCCCGUCGCUGAAGGCGAUGGCAGAUGGGGCCGAGGACCUGCCGGCAGCAGAGGGCGAAGGGGAGGAAGUGCUGGGGGUCUCUGGACUGAACGACGACCUCCUGGACCUCCCGGAGCUGGGCUCCAAGACCUACAGCAAGUGACCAGCCCCUGCGACCUCCGACCCACCCUGCCUCACCACCUGACCGCCAUCUGCCAAGCCCGCCCCAGGCCCUCGGUUGCCCACCGCGGGCACCUUAUCCUCUAAAACAGCCACUAAGUUUCAAUAAAGUGUCCAAGUGCAGUGAA